AUGAACACCACCAAGAAAACCACCCAAGGCCGCCAGAAGAUCGAAAUCAAGAAGAUUGAGAGCGUAAGCAAGCGCCAAGUCACCUUCUCGAAACGCCGUGCUGGCCUCUUCAAGAAGGCCAGCGAGCUCUGCAUCCUCAGCGGCGCUGAGAUCGCCAUUGUCGUCAAAUCUCCCGGAAAGCGCACCUUCGCUUUCGGCCACCCCAGCGUCGACGCCGUCAUUGAUCGAUACCUCACCGGAACCUCCGCCACCGCCGAGCAGAACAACUGCCCUUCGGUGCUCGAUUUCAACGAGAAAUACGCCCAAGUUUCGAAGGAAUUGGAGGCGGAGAAGAGGCGGAGCGCGGUGAUUGAGGAGACAAAGAAGGUGGCGAAUGAUGGCGGAUUUUGGUGGGAUGAGGCGGUUGAUGAUCUAGGAUUAGAGGAGCUGGAGCAGUACGUGGCGGCGUUGGAGGAGUUGAAGAAGAAUGUGAGUAUGAAAGCUGAUGAGUUGAUGAUAAUGAAAGCGAAUUCUUCAAUGAUGUUUGGUAUGAAUGAAAGUGCGAAUCAUGGUGGACUGGGUUUGAUGAGUGAUUGUGCUACUUCUAUGGUUCCUCAUGGGUUUGAUUGUGCGAAUUCUUCAAUGAUGUUUGGUAUGAAUGAAAGUGCGAAUCAUGGUGGACUGCGUUUGAUGAGUGAUUGUGCUACUUCUAUGAUUCCUCAUGGGUUUGAUUUUGGACGUGGCCAGUUCUGAGUUGGUGUUUGGUUAGUGAGAAAACGAUUUUCUUAGUCAUGGCGAAUUUGGGUUUUACUUCCAUAUUUAGAAUGUUAUUGGAUUGGAAAAUCAAGUUAAAUUAACA